AUGAUCGAGGACCAUUUGGCGAGUGCAGUCCGUCGCUGUGGUAGCCUUGCGGAGGGACGGCGCUUGCACGCGCAUGUCCAUGGGAGCAUCUCGAGCUGGAGCACAUUUCUCGCGAAUCUGGUCGUUCAAAUGUAUGCGCGGCUUGGGAGCUUGCGCGAUGCAGCAGCUGCCUUCCAACAGAUCGAGAACCCCAAUGUUUACUCGUGGAACAUCAUGCUCACAGCAAUUGCCCAGACCGGGCAUUCGGACGAGGCAGUGCUCUGCUUCUAUCGGAUGCCAAAUCGAAAUGUCGUAUCAUGGAAUUCAAUCAUGGCAAGCUGCGCAGACAACAAGAAAUUCCACGAGACAACAUCGUUGUUUUCAAAAAUGCCGCAGUGGAAUCCCAUCACGUUGACAACGAUGAUGUUAGCGUAUGCCGCGGGCGGGGAUUUGCAAAAGGCCGAAGCUUUGUUCGAUUGGAUGCCCAAUCGAUGCCUUGUUUCUUGGAAUGCGAUGAUCCAGGGGUGUCUCGACUGCGGCAUAUUCGACCGCGCAAAUCAGAUGUUUCAGAAGAUCCCAGCGCGGGAUGGAAUAAGCUGGAAUUCGAUGGUUUUGUGGCUCUCGCAAAACGGGCAUCUGGAGAGCGCCAUGGAGUUGUUCUUGGUGAUUCCCGGGGACUCUUCCUCCUUCUCCCUGGCCUGGACGACAAUGAUCGCGGCGCUUGGCAGCAGCCUUCGUGUCGACGAGGCCAAGGAUCUCUUCGAUCGGAUGCUGGAGCGCAGCCUUUUCUCCUGGAACGCGAUCCUUGUGGCGUAUUUGAGGCGUGGGGAGAUGACCAAAGCGCGAGAGAUCUUUGACGCGGCUCCACAGCACAACGCAUCGACCUGGAAUUCGAUGAUUCAGGGCCUCUCGGAGGAGCGAUUCGAGGAAGCAAUGGAAAUGUUUGAGAGGCUGCCAGAGCAGGAUGUGAUCGCCUGGAAUUCGGUGCUCGGCGGCAUCGUGAGUCGAUUGGGUCUUCAAAGUGCUAUCGAUUUCUUCCAGCGAUCUUCCCGCAAGAACGUCGUGUCUUGGAACCUGAUCCUCAAGGCACAUGCAAACAGGGAAAGCAUGGAGGAAUUCUUCUGGAGAAUGCCCUGCUGGGACAUUUCUUCGUGGAACCUGAUGAUCUCCAGCAGUGGUUGCGCAGAAUCCGCGACAGAGAUCUUUUGGGCGAUGCCGCAAAGGGAUCUAAUCUCCUGGACAACCGCACUGACAUCGAUCUCGCAAGAAGCGGGCUGCGAUCGAGCGAUGGAGCUAUUCUCGAAAAUGCCCCAAUUCGAUAUCGUCUCCUGGAACUCCAUGAUCCAUUACUGUAGUAGAAAAGAUCUUGGGCUUUUGGUUUCUCUGUUUGAGAGAAUGCCACAGCGAGACUCAAACUCUUGGAUCACUCUAACUGUCGCAAAUGCCGAAAAUGGGCAAAUGAAUAUAUCAGAACAAUGCUUCGAUUUAAUGCCUCAGCACAACGUUGUCUCCACGAACGCUAUGUUGAUUGUUUGCCUUAAUUCUAGAAAUUUUGAUCGUGCUUGUUCUUUGUAUAGUAAAAUGCCACAAAGGAAUGUAAUUACUUGGGCCGCAAUAGUGUUAGCAUUUGCCAAAUCAGGGGAAAUUGAAGAGGCAACGAAGAAAUUCGAGCUCAUGCCAGAGUGGGAUCUGGUGUCCUGGAAUUCGAUGAUCACAAUCUUUGGUGAGAAUGACAUGGCGCGCGAUGCUAAAGAGCUCUUUGAUCGAAUGAGUGAGCACGAUGUGUUCUCGUGGACGGCAUUGAUGUGUGGCUCUUCAUCGUUUAGGCAAAUUUUCGAUCGGAUGCCCAAGCACACCACAAUCUCUUGGAACGCGCUGCUCAGCUGCUACUCGAGAAAUCCAGACAAAAACGCGAUGGAUGCCGCGAGGGUGGCAUUUGAUAGAAUUCCCGAGAGAGAGAUGAGCUCCUGGAAUGCGCUCGUCACUGGAUUUGCCCAAACGGGGCAUCUAACCGCAGCGAGGGAGAUUCUGGAGAAGAUGCCCAAGCAGGGCAUGGUGACCUGGAAUGCCCUCAUGGCAGCUUACGUGGAGGGUUACCAGGCUGACGUGGCUUUGGAUGUGUUUCUCCGCGAGUUUGAAUUGGGCGGGAAUGUGGGAAAUUUAGGAGAGGUGUCUUGGCUUGUUCUUGUGGAGGCUUGCGCCGGCAGUGCGAGGCUGGGGUUAGGGCAGGAGAUUCACUGCGAGAUUGCGCGGUUGGGGCUCUUGGAUCCCGGCGCUUGCGAUCGUCGUCACAGGGAGAUGCUGCUCAACGCGUUGAUUCACAUGUAUGCAAGAUGCGGGCGAUUGGAUCUAGCUAGCGCGGAAUUCGGCGCGAUCGAUCGCAGGGGUCUGGUGUCCUGGAACACGAUGAUCACAGCAUUCGCGCGCCAUGGCCGGGAUUCCCAGGCGCUGGAUCUCUUCUCCGCCAUGAAGCUCGAGGGCUUGAUGCCGGAUGCGAUCACACUGAUCGCGGUUCUCGCGGCUCUAAGCCACAGGGGAAUGGUCGCGGCAGCGCUGGGCUUGGCAGCGUCCAUGGCGGCGGACUACCACGUGGCAGCCACCUCGGACCAUUACGUGUGCAUCGUGGACGCGCUUGGGCGGGCAGGCCAGCUCGAAGGGGCCGAGGAGCUCUCCCACGCCAUGCCGCGCGACGCGAUGACGUGGAUGGCUCUCUUGGGCGCGUGUAGCAGCCACGGUGACGUGGCACGUGGUCAGCGGGCGGUUCAAGAGCUGGUACUGCCGGUGCCGGAGCCGUGCACGUUUGUGCUGCUGGCCAAUGCGUGGACUGCCGCGCGGUAUACCGCUGGUGGCUGA